UAAUAUUCUUUAUUAAAAAUACAUAAAAUAAUUACGAGAACAUUAUUAUUUAAUGUACAGAAUUGUGUCUAUAAUAAAGGCAAAUACUAAUUUAAACGCUUUCUACUCUAAAUCACUUGGAAACUGAAGGAUUUCGUAUAUAAACAAAGAUAACUUAUGUUUUGAUUUCAUUUCGCUCCAAAACAUUAUUAAAAUAUUCUGAUUGGAGAUCAGCGCUAUGUCAGAAGACAUAUUCUACCGUCGCCAAGUGUCCCGUCAGCACCUGGAAGUGUUAGCUCAGUACAUGGAGAGAUACCCGCCGCUUGCGCUCGCCAGCGCUCGGUCGAGGGAGGGACACGUGCAGUCUAAGAGGAUGUGGGAAAAGAUUGCACGGACGCUCAAUAGGAUUGAUGAGGGUGUUACUAAGAGUGGGAAGAGUUGGGCUAGAUACUGGAUAGACCUAAAAUUCAAGAUCCGUCGCAAGUAUGCAGUGAUACAGAAGUGUCUCUCAGAAGGGACGCACUGCACCAUUCACCUGAACCCUCUGGAGGAGAGGAUAGUGAAGAUCCUGACCGAUGAGGAGGGGAACCUGCUGCCCACUGCGUCCGUGUACCAUCAGAUGAAGAGUUACCAUCCGCUGCAUUAUUUGAAGAGUGGGAAUAACAACCUAAACAUAAAAGCAAUAACAGAAUCCAACACAAAAAUCGACGACACAGGAGGCAUAGAGUCAGCAGACGAGUGUCAAGAUGACUUCCUAACCACCUCCCCAACAGAACACAUAGUUUUGCCUCAACCGGACAUCAAACCCAACAUAGCCAGCAUGAAACCAGACAUAACAGAUCCUAUUCUCAUACCAGAAGAGAAGAAAACUAUAGAAGAGUUGAGAAGAGAGUUAGUAGAGUUCGAGUUGAGAAAGCAGAAAGAGUUAUUUGAAAUGGAGAAGCAGUUUAAGAGGGAGAAACAUGAGAUGGAGAUGGAGAUUCUGAGGGUUAAGAAACAGCUGAUGAUGAAAGAGUUGAAGAAGUUAUAGCCUUGAAGGUAGACAGGGAACUGUCUAAUGGGAAGUAUAACUGUUUUUUGUUUUGCGCAAAAAGUCUGGUGUAGUAUGAUGUUUGCGCAAAAUACCUCUAUAAUUUGCGCAAAACUUGCGCAAACGUUUUUAGUGAUGACGUCGGUGGCGCAAUGGUCACCAUGCCGGACUGCCGGACCUGAGGUCCCGGGUUCGAUUCCCGGUUCGGUCGACAUGUGUGUGAUGAGCAUGUUUGUUGGCCGUGGUCUGGGUGUUACAAUAUGUAUUUAUCAAUAUGUAUAUAUGUAGCUAUAUGUAGUUUAUCAGUUGUUUUAGCACCCAUAACACAAGUUAAUUAAUAACUUACCAUGGGGCUAACCGACCGUGUGUGAAAAUGGGUGUCCCGACAUUAAUU